AUUGCCAGAGCAUGGGCUCUAUACUUCUGGUUCAUGCAAUAUGUGAGAAAUAGGACUUCUGAAAACUUAGCCUGAAAUUAUGUCUCCUAAAUGCUUCACCAGGUUGCUUCUGACUGAAUAUCUAGCAGGAUGAGUACCUACAACCCUCCCACACUCCAGUAGCUGGCACUGGAUGCGCUGCUGAGGAAAGAUGCCAUAAACUCCUCCGAUCUGGAUCACCUGCCCACUGUGCUUUCCCCACCACUCUUCCUAGAGGCCUUCAAUGGAAGACACACACAGAUAUUGAAGGCAAUGGUGGCAGCCUGGCCCUUUACCUGCCUCCCUGUGGGGGCGCUGAUGAAAACCCCUGAUGUGGAGGACUUGCAAGCUGUGCUGGAUGGCAUAGAUAUACUGCUGACACAGAAUGUUAGUCCCAGAAGCAGGAAGCUUCAAGUCCUGGACUUCAGAGAUGUGCACCAGGAUUUUGGGGAUGUAUGGGCUGGAAGAAAGGAUGAAGUCUGCUCAGCAAAGACUGGGAAUGAGAAACAAGUUGCAAAGCACAUUCCUAGAUAUGCACUGAGGCAGCGUUUGAAGGUGGUCACUGACCUGAGCCUUGACUUCUCUCUGCAACAACAUCAAACAUACUUACUACAAUGGGCCCAGCAGAGAAAAGACUCUUUGAGGCUAUGCUGUCUGAAGAUGAAGAUUUGUCACUUCCCAGUGGAGAUUAUCAGGGAGAUCUUGAACAUUUUUCAGCCAAACUAUAUUGAGGAAUUGGAAAUAUACACAAAACAGGACCUAUCCUUUCUAGGUUGCUUUUCACCUUGCUUUGGCCUGAUGAGAAAUCUUCGCAAAUUCCAUCUAAGGGAAAUAAGAUUGAGGAUCUCAGUUAGUGGUGUGCUUCAUUUUGCAGAUGUAAAGGACUGUGCUGCCAAACUCCUUUCUCAGUUCUCCAAACUCAACUAUCUCCAACACCUCUCCAUGAAUGGUGGCUACUUUUCCAGUGACAACAUGAAACUGUUGUUCAGAUGCCUGAAGAGUGCCUUGGAGUCCUUGUCUAUGACUGUCUGCCAACUCUCCAAGUCAGACUUGAAACACACGUCAGUGUGUCAGAGGCUCUAUCAACUGAAACACCUGCACUUCGAUGAUGUAGUGCUUCCCAAGUCCUGUUCCAAGAGUCUCUGAAUUCUCCUAGAGAAUGAAUCUGAAACUCUGCAAACCCUGCAGUUAGAGAACUGCAGGAUGAAUGACUCUCAGCUCAAAAUCCUUUUGCCUGCUCUGGGCCAGUGCUCACAGCUCACCUCUGUCAAUUUCUAUGAGAAUGACUUCUCCACUGCUGUAAUAAAGGACCUUCUGCAAUGCAUGGCCAAUCAAAGCAAGCUGGUUGUUGAGCAGUACCCUGCCCCACUAGAGUGCUAUGAUCACGAGGGUUAUCUUAUAGUGGACAGAUUUUCCCAACUGUGUCAAAAUCUCAUGGACAUUCUCAGGGCCAGAAGGCAGCCCAAGACAAUCACAUUUGCUUCAGAAACCUGCCGUUAUUGUUGGAGUCGCUGCAUCUAUGAUAUGAAGACCAGACUUUGCCGUUGCUGGCGGUAAAGAAGAGGUUGAUUCUAGAUGCUAGGACAUGAUAUCUGAGGAAGUACGUUCAUCAUGGGGUUCCGGAACUUUGUGGUUUCAAAUCCAUUGGAAUCAAAAUGGUGUUCUGUGUAUGGAGACCACAAGGGUCACUUGAAAUGAAGAAUAAGAUAAUAACAUCAGGUGUCUUGUAGAAUCAGAAAGACGGUACUGCGUUUCUAAAUGUGCCCCCAUCGGGACAGAAUCGCCAGUGACUUCCCCAUGUUGUAAAUAUAUGGCCAAUUUAUGAAUGUUCUCCUCUCAUGUGCUACUGAGUCACUGACCUCAGUUUUAGGUUUAUGUUCAUAUUAUCCUAUGACAUCAUGAUAUAUGAUCAAAGAAAUUAUCAUGUAAGACAUAUUGGUAGCAUUAAAGUCAAUUAAGACAUUGUAUUUUA